CGAGGUUGGAGCGGCGCUGCCGGGCAGCGGACGCACGAGGGACGCGCCCGAGGAGCUGCAGGUCGCAGCCCAGGCGGUCCGAACCCGUCGGCCGGCCGAGCCUGGAGGUAGAGCCGCCGCCGCCGCCGCCGCCGUCCCCCCCCUCGGUCCGGCCUGCGGCGAGCGGGCGUAUUGCCUAAGUGUAAUCUUGAACAUGGGCGGUGCUGUGAGUGCUGGUGAAGACAAUGAUGAGCUGAUAGAUAAUUUGAAAGAAGCACAGUAUAUCCGGACUGAGCUGGUAGAGCAGGCUUUCCGAGCUAUCGAUCGUGCAGACUAUUAUCUUGAAGAAUUUAAAGAAAAUGCUUAUAAAGACUUGGCAUGGAAGCAUGGAAACAUUCACCUCUCAGCCCCAUGCAUCUAUUCAGAGGUGAUGGAAGCCUUAGAUCUGCAGCCUGGACUCUCAUUUCUGAACCUGGGCAGUGGCACUGGGUACCUGAGCUCCAUGGUGGGCCUCAUUCUAGGUCCUUUUGGCGUGAACCAUGGGGUGGAACUUCACUCAGAUGUGAUAGAAUAUGCAAAGCAGAAACUGGACUUCUUCAUCAGAACAAGUGAUAGUUUUGACAAGUUUGACUUCUGUGAACCUUCCUUUGUUACUGGGAAUUGCCUGGAGAUUUCUCCGGAUUGUUCUCAGUAUGAUCGUGUAUACUGUGGGGCUGGUGUGCAGAAAGAACAUGAAGAAUACAUGAAGAAUCUUCUCAAAGUGGGAGGGAUCCUUGUCAUGCCACUGGAAGAGAAGUUGACUAAGAUAACACGCACGGGUCCUUCAGCUUGGGAAACCAAAAAGAUUCUUGCUGUUUCUUUUGCUCCUCUGAUCCAGCCCUGCCAUUCAGAGUCAGGAAAAUCAAGACUUGUCCAGUUACCACCAGUGGCAGUUCGCAGCCUCCAGGACUUGGCUCGCAUUGCCAUCCGGGGCACCAUUAAAAAGGUUAUUCAUCAGGAAACUGUGAGCAAAAACGGAAACGGACUAAAGAACACCCCCAGGUUUAAACGAAGGAGAGUUCGCCGCCGUCGAAUGGAAACGAUUGUCUUUUUGGACAAAGAAGUCUUUGCCAGUCGGAUUUCCAACCCCUCAGAUGACAACAGCUGUGAAGACUUGGAAGAGGAACGGAGGGAAGAAGAAGAGAAGACCCCGCCUGAAACAAAGCCAGACCCCCCAGUGAACUUCCUACGCCAGAAGGUCCUGAGCCUCCCUCUGCCAGAUCCCCUGAAAUACUACUUGCUUUAUUACAGAGAAAAAUAAGUCUCCUGUUUGAAAGGGGGAAAUGAGGAAGAGCAGAUUGCUGAGUCUGAAGUUUGUGCUGCCUACGUGCUGUUGAACCUGGAGGCAGACAUUGCGGGGAAGGGAACUGCUGGGCUCAUCCACAUCAUGGUUUUCUUCUUCUAGUUCCUGAUUGGCCUCUAAAAUUGUAUUCAGUUGUAUGAUUUCUUUACGUAAUUCCACAAGACCUUCAUUGCAUAGAAGAUUGUUUUCCCAAAGUGGAGAGAAUCUUCAUAGAGAAAAAGAGAAGGCUGUUUCUUUUUCGGCUCUGAUGAAACACUCAAGUGUGUGUAAGAGAGACUGUUUGACGACCGUCCCUCAUACAACAUGCACGUUACUCCCUAAAGAUGAAAACCGAAGUGGAAACUAACCUGUGUUGCUUAUAAAGUGUGAAAGCACAAGCUUAUAAAUGUAUGAAAUCUUUUCUGGGUGUGACGCACCUGCAUCCAAGUUUGAAUUUUUAUGAUACGUGCCACUUAGUUACUGGCACUGAGUAUCACUGAAUUUCUUAGUUUUCUAGUGGGGAAACAUUACUGAGAAGCCCUCCCUUAUUUUAAGUAAGUUAAUUAAAUCUUAUGUGAGUUGUCAGUUGAAAAUUUUCAAAGGAAAAAUUUUGAUGGGGUGGAGGAAUGAACUGCCAAAUAAUCUUUCUGGAAUUCCGGGAGAAUUCCAAAGAGGGUUUUUUUUUUUUUUUUUAAUGACAUGUUUUGAUACCUUUAAAAGAAUAUCCUGGAAAAGGAAGCGAAUUUUUUUCUGUGUGUGAGCAAUAAGCGAAGUUACAUGUGCCGUAACCUUGGGGAUGAUUCU